AUGGUUCACCUACUGUCUUUCCUGGCCCUCGGAUUUGCCGGGGCCGCCAUUGCCAGCCCGCUCGCCAGCAUCCAACAAUGCCAAGACGCAGCCCUCACUUUAACUAGCCUUGAGUACUCUGGAGAAGGUUGCCCUGAAGGAUCACUGCAAGGAACCCUCGGGAUCGAUGGCGACUUUGAUGUGUUUUACAAAAACCUGACGGCAUCCAUCAAACCCAAAGAACCCAAGGUCAACAUCCGGUGUCAGAUCAAGGUCGGCCUCCAGACUUCGGCCUCCAAGCAGCUCGUCAUCGUGAGUGGGGCUUACAAGGGCCAUGUGAGGUUGACCGAGGGUGCCUGGGCCAAGAACCAGAACCAGUACAAGUUUGCCAACAACCCCGGUACCAUCGAUAUGGAAUGGCCCUUCAAGGGUCCUGUCGACGUCGCAACCGUGUUCAGCAACAAGCUCAACAUUGAGUUUCAGUCUGGCUGCAACUCUAACGGAGGCCAGUUAACCCUGAUCAUCAACAACUACCUGACAAUGACGACCGAAGGGACCGGCGAGGGUGAAAUCUCUGUUCAGGAGUUGGACGGCGCCAUCGAACAAUCCAUCAAGCUGGCAACCAAGGAUUGCCCGUAG